AUGGCGGCGCCGCAGCGGACCUGCCCAGCGCCGCCGCCGCCGCCCUACUGGCCGCCCACGGGCGCCGCGUGGGAGAUUCUGACCCCCACAAUGGCACCCCCGCCCACUACGGCGCGAGAUCUGGCGCCGGGGGUGCCGGACCCGCCGGCGAUGGAGCCCGCGGUGGCGCUGCAGAUCCUGAACAUGUCCGUCGGCGACGCGGCCGCGAUCCGCGCCGCGGUGCCGCCGCCGACGGUCGCGACGGGUGCGGUGGCGCAGCCGGCUGCGACGCUGCCAGGCGGCGGGAGCCUGUCGAUCGGCGAGGCGCUGGCGGCCCUGACGGACGACCCUGGGCUGGAGCUGCAGGACUGGGCCGCGGACGCACCGGCGGACGACUACGACGAUGACCCCGAGUGGCGCGCGUGGCAGGCAGAGACCCAGCUCAAACGACAGGCGCUCUACGGCGCUGGCGGGAUGCACGGGGCCAAGGACGCCGCGCUGCGCAGCGUGCUGCUCGCGCGCGGGGCCCCCGCGGCGGCCCCGAACGCCGGUGCGGCGGGCCCCGGGGACGCGCGGCUGCGGUACACCCCGGCCCAGUUGAUGUCCAUCCGGGUGCGGGAGAUGGGGGAGGGCGGCGGGGCUGGUCGGGGGGCCGCGGCGGUGGCGGCCGCGGUCGAGGGCACUGCUCUCGCGCGGCGGCGGGCGGCGGAGGGAGGCUGGACGUGA